AAUGCGACGCGAGUCUGUAUGGCCCGCAGCUUUUCAGCUUGUUGCGAAAACGGAUGUUCCUGCUUUAACAGGCCCAUGUCUGAAAAGCCAGACAUACGGUCACAUUUCACCAGAAAGUCAGACAGAGUCGCGUACGUGGGCAAAGUCAAACCAGCAGCAGAUCAAGAUGGAGUGUGAGUGGAAGCCAGACGAGCAAGGACUUCAACAAAUUUUACAGCUGUUAAAAGAGUCUCAGUCGCCAGAUACGUCCACACAGAGAUCCGUCCAGCAAAGACUAGAACAGCUGAACCAGUACCCAGACUUUAACAACUAUUUGAUAUUUGUUUUGACAAAGUUGAAAUCAGAAGAUGAGCCAACGCGGUCCCUAAGUGGCCUGAUACUGAAGAACAAUGUGAAAGCUCACUAUCAGAACUUCCCUAAUGGUGUGUCUGAUUUCAUCAAGAGUGAGUGUCUUCAAAACAUUGGAGACUCUUCUCCCCUCAUCCGGGCCACUGUGGGUAUCCUCAUCACCACUAUUGCCUCUAAAGGAGAGCUGCAGAACUGGCCAGAGCUUCUUCCUAAACUCUGUUUGCUGUUGGAUUCAGAGGACUACAAUACAUGUGAGGGAGCUUUCGGAGCCUUACAGAAGAUCUGCGAGGACUCUGCUGAGAUCCUAGACAGUGACAUGCUGGAUCGUCCUCUUAACAUCAUGAUCCCAAAGUUUUUACAGUUUUUCAAGCACAACAGUCCUAAGAUUAGGUCUCAUGCCAUUGCCUGCGUCAAUCAGUUCAUCAUCAGCAGGACUCAGGCUCUUAUGCUGCAUAUCGACCCCUUCAUUGAGAAUCUGUUUGCCCUGGCAGCAGAUGAGGAGCCAGAGGUGAGGAAGAAUGUAUGCAGAGCACUAGUCAUGCUGCUGGAGGUUCGUCUGGACCGUCUCCUGCCACACAUGCAUAACAUCAUAGAGUACAUGCUGCAGAGAACUCAGGACCAAGAUGAGAAUGUAGCCUUGGAGGCCUGUGAGUUCUGGCUUACACUGGCUGAACAGCCGGUGUGUAAAGAUGUGCUCUGCGGACACCUCUCUCAGCUCACUCCAGUGCUCGUCAACGGGAUGAAGUACUCAGAGAUUGACAUUAUCCUGCUCAAGGGGGAUAUUGAAGAAGACGAGGCCAUUCCCGACAAUGAACAAGACAUCAGACCACGCUUCCACCGCUCCCGCACAGUGGCCCAGCAGCACGAGGGGGAUGGAAUUGAAGAAGAGGAAGAUGAGGAGGAUGAGCUGGAUGAUGAUGAUACUAUCUCUGACUGGAACCUGCGUAAAUGUUCUGCAGCAGCGUUGGAUGUGUUGGCCAAUGUGUUCAGGGAUGAUCUGUUGCUGCACAUUCUGCCUCUACUCAAAGAGCUCCUCUUCCAUCCAGAGUGGGUUGUUAAAGAGUCUGGCAUCUUAGUCCUGGGUGCGAUAGCUGAAGGUUGUAUGCAGGGCAUGAUCCCAUACCUGCCUGAAUUAAUUCCCCAUCUCAUCCAGUGUUUGUCUGAUAAGAAGGCUUUGGUACGCUCCAUCACCUGUUGGACGCUGAGCCGCUAUGCCCACUGGGUUGUCAGUCAGCCUCCAGAUAUUUACCUAAAGCCUCUCAUGACAGAAUUACUCAAACGUAUACUAGAUAGCAACAAGCGUGUGCAGGAGGCUGCCUGCAGUGCCUUUGCCACUUUGGAGGAGGAGGCUUGUACAGAGCUGGUGCCCUACCUGGCAUUCAUAUUGGACACACUAGUGUUUGCUUUCAGCAAAUACCAACAUAAAAAUCUGCUCAUUCUGUAUGAUGCCAUAGGAACACUAGCAGACUCAGUGGGGCACCAUCUCAAUAAACCGGAAUACAUCCAGAUGCUGAUGCCUCCACUCAUCCAAAAAUGGAACCAGCUGAAAGAUGAAGACAAAGAUCUCUUCCCUUUAUUAGAAUGUCUGUCUUCUGUAGCAACUGCCUUGCAAAGUGGCUUCCUGCCCUACUGUGAGCCUGUGUACCAACGCUGCGUCAACUUGGUCCAAAAGACACUCGCUCAGGCCAUGGUGAGUGCAGAACAACGUCUUCACCAGUCACAGCCGGACCAGUAUGAAGCUCCUGAUAAAGACUUCAUGAUUGUGGCUUUGGAUCUUCUCAGUGGACUGGCUGAGGGUUUGGGAGGCACUAUUGAGCAGCUAGUUGCUCGUAGCAACAUCCUUACACUCAUGUACCAAUGUAUGCAGGAUAAAAUGCCAGAAGUCCGUCAGAGUUCUUUUGCUCUGCUGGGAGAUCUGACCAAAGCUUGUUUUCAACAUGUCAAACCAUGCAUUGCUGAUUUUAUGCCCAUACUGGGUACUAAUUUAAAUCCAGAGUUAAUAUCAGUGUGCAACAAUGCAACAUGGGCAAUUGGAGAGAUAUCUAUACAAAUGGGGCCUGAAAUGCAGCCGUACAUUGCCAUGGUGCUGCACCAGCUGGUGGAGAUCAUAAACAGGCCCAAUACUCCAAAGACUCUACUGGAAAACACAGCAAUAACAAUUGGUCGUCUUGGUUACGUUUGUCCUCAAGAGGUGGCACCCAUGCUACAGCAGUUUAUAAGACCCUGGUGCACCUCUCUACGAAACAUAAGAGACAAUGAGGAGAAAGACUCUGCAUUCAGAGGAAUUUGCACUAUGAUCAGUGUAAAUCCAGGAGGUGUAGUGCAGGAUUUUAUAUUCUUUUGUGAUGCUGUGGCUUCCUGGGUAAAUCCAAAGGAUGACCUCCGAGACAUGUUUUGCAAGAUCCUUCACGGAUUUAAGAACCAGGUGGGAGAGGAGAACUGGAGGCGCUUCGCGGAUCAGUUCCCCAUGCCACUGAAGGAACGCCUGGCAACCUUUUAUGGGGUGUAACUGUUUCAGUGUGGUUCAUCAGUGGGCUCAUUCACUACGGGAGACAAUAUAGGGAACCUCUUUUACCCAGGGAACAUGUUACCCUUAAUAGGGGGGAAGGGUCUGCCUGUUGAGGGGAGGGAAAGGGUACAGACCCCUCCCCGACAUGGUGGACGGGGUGGGAGGGAGGUGGUAGCUGCAGUGCUCGGUUACCCUGUGCACAGGCAAGGGGGUAAGGGACUGGCAGAACAACCUUAUUGUGGGAGGAAAAUUUAGUGUAAUCACGUCUCUAUCUGAAAUUAUGAAGUUUAUCAUCUUUUUUUUCUUUCCAUUUAAGCCCCGAUGUUUUUAUUUCUGUUAAAUGAACUA